AAUACCCAGCCGAUUAAACCCUGUUUCUCAUUCAAAUCCGCUGACUCCAUUAAACCAGCGGCCUGCGGCGUCUCCGUCCUUCCACAGAGUCUGAGCCAUGGCUCGUUUCAAUAACGUUUUUUUGUUCUUGUAUUUUUGGGGUUGGUUUGGUUUAAUCAUUGUCCGAUGUCUGAAUAAGAAACAGAGAAAGAAGAAGGUUUUCGUGAAGCCAAUUGUGAAAAAGCAGCAGAAAAAGCAACCAAAUGUGGACCAUAUCACAGGGAAUAAAAUCCCAAAGAGUUUUGUGUUUUCGAGAGGGAAGCUGCCUGGUCCGCUUAGGCAACUUCAAAUGGACUUGAGAAAAUUGAUGCUUCCUUAUACUGCUCUCAAACUCAAGGAGAAGAGGAGGAACAAUCUGAAAGAUUUUUUGAAUGUUGCAGGGCCAAUGGGUGUAACCCACUUCCUCAUUUUAUCCAAAACUGAAACUUCACCUUUCCUGAGGGUUUCAAAGACCCCUCAAGGCCCUACUCUUACGUUUAAAAUAUAUGGGUAUUCGUUGGCUGUUGAUAUUGCACAAUCUCAGUUGCGCCCUAGAUGUCCUCAGGAUCUUUUCAAAAAUUCUCCUUUGAUUGUUCUGUCUGGCUUUGCUGCAGGAGAUGAACAUUUAAAGCUCACGACUACCAUGUUCAAGAACAUCUUUCCAGAUAUUGAUAUCAACACUGUUAAACUCUCUUCUUGCCAAAGGAUUGUGUUACUUAAUUACAAUAAAGACACAAAGCUUAUUGAUUUUCGACAUUAUUCUAUCAGACUACAGCCUGUUGGCGUCUCCCGUAGAAUCAGAAAAUUUGUGCAGAAUCAUCAAGUACCUGAUCUUAGGAAUCUUCAAGAUGUGAGCGACUUUGUCACUAAAGCUGGCUAUGGAUCAGAAAGUGAAGCAGAUGAGGAAGCUGCAACAGUUACUCUGAUUAGUGAUCUUAGUCGAGUUAAUCGAGCUUCUACAAAAAGUGCUGUCAAGCUUCAAGAAAUUGGACCUAGAAUGACUCUCCAACUCAUCAAAAUUGAGGGUGGACUAUGUUCUGGUGAAGUUAUGUUCAGUGAAUAUGGAAAUGGUGGCAAUAAGGAAAAGCCAGGAAGUCGGGAUGGUAAUGAAAGGGAAGAUAGUGAGAACGACAACAAAAUGGAAGAUAGUGAUGAAGAUAAUGAAGCGGAGGAUAAUGAGGAAGAUACUGAAGAAAGUGAAGAAGAUAACGAAGAAGAUUAGUUUAGCAAAGUGGAAAGACACACAACUUUCAUUUCCUCAUUAAAUGACAUGACAAUUAUAAUUAGUGAUGUUCUUUACAUAGGGAAGGUGCUCACCUAAAGUGAGAGAGAUCCUCCAUCAUAAGAGGAUCCGAUUUGCUUCCAUGACCGUUAGCCUUUUACCUUUCCUUUUUCCUUUCCUGCUUUGCUUUGUCUUUUCCUCUUGAAUUUUUGCUUACAUUUGUUGUAGAAGAUCCAUAGAUUUUGAUAUGAGAAAGAUAAAAUGCACUUGGUGUCAAUAUUUUUAAUGUCGCUUGUACCAGUGGGAAGAGUCCUUAUGUUUAUCAGAAGCAAUAUACCUAUGAGAGGCAAAAUUGUUCCA